GUCUCGGCAAAGUCUCGGAAAAUGGCGAAUUCGUCGAAGCUCUUCCGUUUCCUGUCCGAUUUCUGUGCCGAUGCCUUAGUGGUAAACCGAAGUCUCCUAUGCCAGCACUCUCGGUUUGUCAACAGACUCUGUGAACAGGCCCCAACCACAACCUCACUCAAGCUACCGCGAGACUUUCGCAACGCGUACCAGGCUAUCAUCGACUACCUAGAGGAUGAAGUCGUUCCAAAUGGACCUGCUUGCGUGGGGAGUAGUCCCGAGGCAAAGCAGUACACCGAGCUCAUGCUGUUGCUCUGCUACUUCGCAGAGUUCUACGAAAUGGACGGCCUGGCGAACCGUUCUAUCGAUGCCUUACGAUUCCAUGAAUAUCAAUGCAGUCGCAGCCUCGUAGGUCGGCAUUUUGGAGAGGUCUACACAAAUACGAGAAGGGGAAGCAAGCUUCGUCACUACUGCGCUCUUUCGACUGCUUGUUUUCUCUUCAAUGGGGAGGGUACAGCUGAGGAGCAGGGCGCAGUCAAUAUUCUGUUCAGGGGGAUACCUGGAUUCGAGGAUGAUGUUCGUGCAGCCCACACAACAGUGAGGGAGAAGACUCGAGUCCCGAGACCUGACUGCGAUUCGCCUGAGAAUCAUUUUGGGCUUUGCGAGUUCCACAACCAUCGUAUGGGAGAUACAAGCGUAACAAGUUCUGCUGAGGGUUGUACACUCUACAUUGGAAACCUGCCAUACGCAACGACCGAAGAAGAUUUGAGAACUUUUCUCGAAGGCUACCAAGUUACAUCCACUACCUUUCCAAAGAAGCCGCGUAGAUUUGCCUUCGCCCAUCUCUCCACCCCAAGGGAGGCUGAGCGUGCAAUCGCUGAACUCUCCGGGAGGACAGCUUUUGGUCACAAGAUCAGAGUUCAGCUUGCUCGCAAGCCUACCCGAGAUAGCGAGACCCAAGAUGGUACCGUCGACGGGUAUAAAGUUCUUUCUGGGGCCAAUGGUGCUACGAGAAUGGCGUUUGUUAGCGUACAAAGUGGUUUGGCUGCCUCAACAAGUGUAACUACGCAAUCGAGUCGGGGUUCAAAAAAUUCUGGUACCGGUUUUGACGAAUCGCUAGAUGGGGGUUUCAACGAGAGAGAUGCGGAAGAGGAGUUAAUGUCAUUCGACCGACCAGAGGAGAACAGCGACGGUGUUGUCGACGAGGCGGAUGAGAUGGAAAUGUCAUUCAAUCCGCGAGAUAGUCACAAUCGAAGUGAUAAAGCUGUGGACGACUCCGGAUUUGCGGAUGAGGAAGCAGCCCCACGUGUCAUCUUGACUGUUCCUCCAAAUCCUCGUUCUUCACCGCCCCCUGGUUAUACUUGGGCUCUCAGACCUGAAUGGUUCCUGGCGCCAACAGACCACCCACCGAUUGAUCAAGUCCAACAGUCCUACUCCCACAUCCGAUUUGAAGAUGGAGAUGGUAGUCAGUGCGAGCCAGCCGGCAUUGCAAACAUGGGUGCCUCCAACUAUCAAGAAUAUAUUGACGGAUGGGUUCAGCCCUCCACGGACUUUGGAAACAUACCUCCUCGUGCCCCCGCCCCAUCUCCGCCAGCACAUGUCAAAGACGAAGAUCCAUUCCAAAAAGAGUUGCAGGGAGUUGAUCUUUAUAGCGCCGAUGACCAUCCUGGACCUUCUACGAGCCAGCAGCCACAAGUUAAGGUCGAAGGUCAAGAAGCUGUGGAUAUGCCACCUAUGCCGAGACAUUCCCAUCUAACAAGGGCGCGGGUGCGCAGUCAAAGAUUUCCUUUCAAAUGCUUUACCUGCAAUAACCAGUUCGAACGCAAUCAGCAACUCAGGAACCAUCUCAUAAAACACCCACGCCACCGCGGUGAUGACAUCCGACCACACCCAACCCAGAGGCAAAGUACCAAAAGUAUCAAGAAGAAUGCCAGAAGGGCAAGGGUUCAAAAGUAACUGGGUCUACCAGGGAGCUGUGGGACAAUCAAUCGAAGGAGGUCUAUUCUCCCGAAGCGGAAGUGAUCAUUUGUAAUUAUCAUUGGCGGAUGGCUCUGGAGUUGCAUUACCUAAAGAC